AUGGCUCCUAUCUCUAAGACUCUCGCCCUUGUUGGCGCUUUCUUCGCCAUGACCGGCUACUCGGCUCCCGUCGCCAAACGCGUCGUCGUUUGGGAGACCGUUACUGAUAUCGUCUGGACCACCGUCGAUGUCACCACCACCAUCUACCCUCAGGCCACUCACUCCGCUACUCUCCCUGUGAUCGCCAACGCUGUCACUACUACCGCUGCCGCUGUUGUCCAGGCUCCUGUCAAGGAACAGGAGAAGGCGGCGCCCACCACCUCGUCCACCACCACCACCGCUGCUGCUGCCCCUACUGUUGAGGCCAUUGUCAAGGAGCAGGAGAAGGCUGCGCCCACCACUACCUCCUCCACCACCACUACCUCAUCCACCACCACUACUUCUUCCACCACCACUGCCGCUCCCGCUCCCACCUUGGAGGCCUAUUCUGCUCCCGCUCCCGUCGUAGAGGCUGAGACCACUUCCACUGCUUCCCCUGCUACCAUCCGGACGGCCAAAAAGGAGACCACCAACACCGAGACCAGCAGCGGCCGCACCGGCCCCUGCUCCGAGGGCUCCCCUUGCAGCGGUGAGAUCACCUUCUACGACACUGCCACUACCAGCACCAACCCCAGCUCCUGCGGCACUACCAACGACGGUACCGUCGAGAACGUUCUCGCCCUUCCCCACGGUAUCAUGACCGACGGUGACUGCGGCAAGACCGUCACCGUCACAUACAACGGCCAAACUGCUACUGGUAUCGUGGUCGAUAAGUGCAUGGGUUGUGACAACGGCUCUGUCGAUCUGUCACGUCACUUCUUCGGCGAGCUCGCCUCCAUGGACCUGGGCCGUGCCGAUGGUGCCAAGUGGUACAUCCAUUAA